GGCCGAGGGGCGCGCAGAGCAGGAUGCCGGGCGCCUGAGGUGGCCGCGAGCGCGCAGCAGCGCCCGGAGCCGCCGACCGCGCUCGGGGGCCGCCGCCGCCAGCCCUCCUCGCUCUCUGUUCCCGGGAAGGCUGCCAUGGCCGCGGCCGCCGCCUCGCUGGAAGACAGCUUGGAGGCCCGCCACCAAGCCUCCAAACAGGAACCUGUUGUGGAAACUGCAGAAGAAGCCACAGAACCAGCAGAAGCUGAUAUUAAUGAACUUUGUAAGGAGAUGUUCAACAAAAUGGCUAUUUACCUAACAGGUGAACUGACUGCAACUAGUGAAGAUUACAAACUCCUGGAAAACAUGAACAAACUAACUAGUUUGAAGUACCUGGAAAUGAAAGACAUUGCUAUAAACAUAAGUCGGAAUUUGAAAGACUUAAACCAGAAAUAUGCUGCACUUCAGCCAUAUCUGGAACAAAUCAAUCAGAUUGAAGAGCAAGUUGCAGCUUUGGAACAGGCUGCCUACAAGCUGGAUGCAUAUUCCAAGAAACUUGAAGCAAAGUACAAAAAAUUGGAAAAGCGAUGAAAGGACCUUAGAUAAUGAAACUGCUUCUAGAAUACAUGACUCUUUUGCAAGAAACCAGAUGAAAGAUUUCUGAUGCUGAACUUCUGAAACAGAAUUUAUGCCUCAGCAAUGCAUUUGGACUAGAAUAACCUUUCAAAAGUAGCAGUGGCUACAUGUGUCUAAGAAUAAACUACUUCUCUUAUUGUAGAAUUUA